AUGGGUAUCAAUAUAUCGAAGGUCUUUGCUGGCCUCUUCGGCAAGCGGGAGAUGCGAAUCUUGAUGGUUGGCUUGGACGCCGCUGGAAAGACCACCAUUCUGUACAAGUUGAAGUUGGGUGAGAUCGUCACCACCAUCCCGACCAUUGGAUUCAACGUCGAGACGGUCGAGUACAAGAACAUCUCCUUCACCGUGUGGGAUGUCGGUGGUCAGGACAAGAUCCGCCCCCUCUGGCGCCAUUACUUCCAGAACACCCAGGGUGUUAUCUUCGUCGUGGACUCCAACGACAGGGAGCGUGUCAGCGAGGCUCGGGAGGAGCUUCAGAGGAUGUUGAACGAGGACGAGCUGAGGGAUGCGCUUCUUUUGGUGUUCGCAAACAAGCAGGAUUUGCCCAACGCCAUGAACGCGGCCGAGAUCACAGAUAAGCUUGGACUGCACAGCUUGAGACAGCGGGCCUGGUACAUCCAAUCGACUUGCGCUACCUCUGGUGACGGUCUCUACGAGGGUCUCAACUGGCUCAGCGAGAACUUGAGGAAGCGUGGUGCGGCUUAA